AUGGAUAUUCUCAAUCUCGGUGAUGUGGGUCGGCGUACCCAUAUCCGCCCUAAAGAGAAUCUAGCCAAAGACGAAUACGGCAUGGAAGAUUUAGAAGACUUCUUUAAAGAAACCACAGGAAUCUACGGAAGCGAUGCUGAUUCCUCAGAAAACGAAAGUGUGCACCAAAAGAAAAGAUCAUCAAGCCCUCGGAAAACCUUAGGAGCAAAAAGACGAAACAACGUUCCACGUAAAACACCUCUUAUAUCGUCGAAACUGUCAAUGAUUCCUUUGGAAUACUCGUCAAAGUUAGCGAUCGAGGAGGAGCAAAACCUGUCAAUGCGGUCUUUGCUGAUCACGAAGAAGUCAGAUUUCUCUAUAUCAACGGAUCACCUGGUGGUUGAGUCCUCUUUAAGGAGCGCUAGUGUUUCCACCGUUUCUGGAGAUACACAGAUAGACGAUUUUGAGGGUGCACCACAGUAUGAUGAAGAUGAACCUGCUUAUGAUGAAUCUGAUGCAAAUCCUGAGCUGCCAGGCUCGCCCAUACCAAUAGAUCCAAGCGCUUUGUUUAGCACUAGCGCUGAUGCCCUGGUCUCCUCUCAUCUCGAUCAUGGUCUACAAACUCCCUCAGCCGACCAAUCUAUGGUUGAAAGUCCUUUAGGAGAAACAUUCGAAGCGCAGGUAGAGGAUGAAUCUGAGGAUGAAAGAGAGAAUAGCGACAGCAACGCUGAUGCCCCGAAAGACCAAGCAUCAAUUGCGAGUGGAAAAGAUCAAAGUGACGUCAGCAACGCGGAAGAAAGCGAAUACGCCAAUCUUCCGAGCUUUUCCAACGACAUGCCUGACUUGGAUGAUGACAUUCCUCCGGAGUCACAGAGUCCAAAGGGCUCUGGGUUUUCUAGUGAUGAUAGCUACGGUGAUCAGAGCUUUAAUCCAACACAACUGCAACUGCAACUGCAAGACACCGCCUCGCAGAUGACAAGCACACAAGAUGAAACUUCACAGGAAUCUGUUAAAAGGCCUGCUGGUCGCGGUCGUCCAAAGAAAAGUCAAUCUAUUUCUGAAGUCAUUCUCCAUCCUUCUCUACCGUCACCGCCUCCAGAGGGACUUCGUCGAUCCAACAGAAAACGAAUCAAACCAUUGGCGUAUUGGCGUAAUGAGCGUGUUAUUUACGCACGAACUAAUGAAGGCGAUGUCGACCCAGAUAGUACGCUUGUCAUGGACGUAAACAAUAUUCCUCUUAGAGAAAUUCAGGAAGUGAUCACUUUCCCUGAGCAGAUCAAAUCAAAGCGGCCAAAGAAAAAGAAGCAUCCAGGUCUGAAAGAUUCUCUGGAGGUGUCAAGAAAAAACGUUACAAAUUUGGACGACUUGUUCGUGGAGCCGGACUCCAAACAAGACGGAACAAAAUGGUAUGAACAGAAAGUUUUGAGAGUUAGUGUAUUCGACAGCGAAGAGUCCCUUGUUGAAAAGUUGGUGGCAUGUUCACCCCAGGGCAUUGAGUUCAAAGAAGAGAAUUCAUCAAAGGACGGUUUUUACAAGUUCGGGACUAUAUUUCACGAGGCAGGAGAAGUCAUGGCAGCAGCAUACCUUGAUUUGCCUGUAGAUGGAGUCAAAAACCUCCAUUCUUCUCAAAAUUCACUAUUCUAUUUCAAUGUUAUCGUUGGAGAAGUGGAAGUACAGCUCAACGAAGACAAAUUUACUGUUUUGGCUGGAACGACUUUCAAGGUGCCCCAUAAUAACACUUACGCUAUAAAGAACACAACUGAUAUGCCAGCAAGACUAUUUGUUGUUCAAUGCAAUGCAGCCGAGGACAAACAGGUUUGA